AUGGUGCUACCGAUACUACAAUACUUCAUAGCGGCAGUCAAGCUGACGCUUGCGCUUUCACCUCUCUUGGUGAUCGUCGCUAUAUUUGCGGUGAACAAGAACUGCAAUCAGCGCUCGUCCGAAGGCUCCAGAUCAGGCGCGAGAAUUGAGUACAUAGACUCAUCUGACGAUGACACUAAAAAUGAUUGGUAG